AUGGCAAUAACACUGGAAGAGGCCAACCGGAUUGUUGAGGGGGCUCUGGCCCAGGCAGCGGAAUUUGACAUCAAGAUCAGCGCGGCAGUGGUGGAUGGCGGAGGCCGACUAAUCGCCAUGCAAAGGAUGGACGGGGCCAUUUGGGCCAGCGCUUAUGGCUGCCAGGGCAAGGCAGUGGCUUCCGCCGCCUUUGGCCGCUCCAGCGGCGAGAUGCAGGACCGGGCAACCCAGCCUACCCCCGCCGGCAUCAAUGCAGCGUCGGGCGGAGAAAUGAUAAUGGGCCAGGGAGCAGUUCCCAUCAUUCGUAAUGGCGUCAUCGAGGGCGCUUGUGGCGUGGGUGGCGGUUCCAGUCAGCAGGACGAGGACUGCGCCAAGGCCGGUGUGGCCAAGCUCUAGCUUGGCUCCGCUUUCUCCAGGUAGCAUCGCGGUCCGAGUGAUAUGGUUAACGGACUUCGGACGGGCAGCCCUUGUGGUUGCCCUGUCCCCUUAGCUAGUCCACCUAAAGCGGAACACUACUUUUCUCCAGCGGGCAUUUACUCGGUGAAACUGGUACGCCCAUUGGAGUUGUCCCAAGCAACGAUUUCAUGGCAGGAAUGCCAAUACGGAUACAGGUGACCCACUGCCUCCCUGAAGGCGCAGCGCCCCAAUGACCAAGGUUGCGCCGACGGGAGGCAACUG